AUGCUACAGCCAUCAAAGUGGCUUCCUCUCUACGAGGAAUUUGUGGCCAAGAAUUCCAGCUCGGUUGGACAGAUUGAGUCAGCCCUACGGUCAUUGACGUACAUCAUCCCAGGUCGAUACAACGAAUCAGAGAUUCCUUCAGAAUGCGUGUAUUCGGGUGUUCAACUUCUAUCUUUAUACCAUGACUCCCUGGUAUCGCGUGUAAUCUCUCAGCUUCCACCGACUGUUCCACGGCAAUCACCCACUCCUCACGCUCGAUACACCAAAUACUGGACCUCGGGCUCGUCGUUGUAUCGUCGAGUUGCCCUGGCGCUUCAGAUGCUUCAAUACACAGAACUGCUAUGGGAGAUGUCGGCACGCCGACGAGGUCAGAAAACCCGUUGGCGUGUGGUUGUGUUUAUCGAGUUCGCCAAGGCAAUCUGCCGCUUGCUCCUUCUCCGGUUGACCAACUCUCGGCCUCUAGUCAGCCCUCCAUUGCCCGAGCGCGAGGUGGACCCGAGAUUAGUAGAGGAGAAAGAUGACAGCGAUUGGAAUGGUAUGCAAACCCCGCCUCCCAGUGAUCCACCUUCACCAGCCUCAGAUCCGAAUUGGAUGAUGCCGCGUACUGGGCUAUCACUACCGUCUCUUCCUGAUGUGGAAGAUGUUUCAAGCUACCUCAUUUCCAAAGUCCUCACCGCAGAUGAUAUCAAGACACCCAAGAUGUUACUGCACCGAGUUACUGGACAGGGCCAAUUAGCAGAGGUCUUGUACAUCUUGCGGCCCGUUGUAUAUGCACUGGCCUUGCAACGCUGGAAGGGGGAUAAGCGUAGCUGGCGGCCUUGGCUGAUUGGAUUUGCAAUGGAGUAUGGAUGUCGGCAACUUACUAAGCGGGAUUUCCGUGAGCGAGUCGCCGGGGGUCUUCGGGGUCUUACGGGCCUCGAGCGAGAGGAGCUAAAGAAACGAGGAUGGUCCAUGGGCUGGUGGUUGAUGCGCGGGGCAUUCUACGAAAAUAUUACCAAAUCAUGUCUUCAGAGCGUUACCAACAAGAUGAAGGGCAAACCUCUAUUUGAUAUAUUGGGCAAUCUGUUGGAGGACUAUGAAUACCUGUGGGAAAACUACUAUUUCUCGACUGCCACUUUGUGA